AAAUGACUGAUUGCGCUUAUAUUUUUCUCGUAUUUGAAUACAAAUAGUUAGAAAUAGUGUUCGUACGUGUAGGUCGGUUACGUGAUCGCGUGGUGGUUUGAUUGCAGUGUCCGCCGCGUUCUCAUUCAAGUGCCAGUAUAACCUUGACACGUUUUCCCGCGCUAGAACCCCAACCUUGUUUUCAGUUGCACUCUCUCUUGACAUUUACCGCAAAAGCGGGUUCUUUGCUAAUUAGCAACACCGAGUGAAUACUUCUUUGGGGUGUAAUUAUGAAAUUAAAUAGUUUUCUCCGUAAUUAGGCUUCGAGUAGUUUAGUCAUGAUGAGUGAAGUUAAAAACGAUUUAGAAAUGUUCGUAGUAUAAAAAUAUAGUUCAAGAUUACAAUUAUUGUAGAAUUUAUGAUAAAGUUCGUAAUAAUGGAACCCUUGUGACCGCUUGAGUGAGGAGUGAGCCAGCGUCUUCAAAAUGAGAAUUUCAAAAGGUUUCAGCAACAUUGCUCUGGGCCUCGGAAUUAUCAUUGCAACGCUUCUCAACCUCACAUACUGCGAUAUUAUUAUCGUCACCGAUGCACCGAAGACCAAAGAAAUAUUACCAAGUUACAGUAUUUACCAAAGAGAUAGUCCCAAAGACAUACCGGAGCCUGAACUGCUGCCUGUAUUACAUGGAAAUGAUACGAGAUGCCGUAUAUCCGAGUAUCUGUGUACGAAUAAAAAGUGUAUUCCGAUAAAUCGAUAUUGUGAUGGCAGCAACGAUUGUGGCGACUCGUCUGAUGAGCCGAGACAUUGUACACGAUGCAACAAGACCUAUUACGGAGACAUUGGCAGGACGUACGAGCUCGAACUGCAUCGACCGCGUGAAGACCUGGUGCCUUACGUCUGUCUCCUCACCAUCACUGCUGCCGGAGGAAUACAUGGAGAUUUGGUUCAGGUCCUCUUUGACAGCUUCACCCUGGGUCGCUUCACCUCCUUCACGGAAGAUGGCUGUCCCGACGGCUACAUGCAAAUCCAAGAAGCCAGCAGACCACAAGUCGGGGGCUCCUGGUGUGGCACCUCCUGGGGCCCUUCGAUAUACUACAGCGAAACAAAAUCUAUCACCCUUAUCAUACGACUCCUACAUCUUUCUAAAGAACAAAAUAACUAUAACUUCGACUUCAGAAUGGCUUACAAGGUUUUGAGGAGGGAAUAUGCUACAGUGCGAUAUGGAGGGACCCCUCCUUCGGAACGGCCUUUUUUCAAACUGAGACCAAUGCCUUAUCCCGUAAACAUAUCACGCGGCGAAGAUACUAAUGUAGCGAAGACGACAAAAACUCCCGAGUAUUACCUUGGGGAUUUGAUCUCCGGAACUUAUUGCUCACGGAUAUUCAGCGACUGUGAUCGUAAAAACUGUAGAUUACAAUCACCGAAUUUUCCCGGCGUAUACCCUAGGAACUUGACAUGCUACUAUGCCGUGCGACAACAUGAAGUGCCUCAAGGAAAACACGCUCUAAUAGUUGUUAAACAGCCGAAUGGCCAACUAGUUUCAAUUAGGAGCCAGAAAGCAUUAUACGCAGCUCAACAAGAAAGAGGCAACAGUGGACGGGAGCUAAAAUUUUGGCAACAAUGUGACGAAGUGCAAGACUAUGUGACGGUGUACGAUGGCUAUACAACAAGAGACCCCGUCAUUUUGAGAUUUUGUGGAGGAGGCGUUUCCGUUCCCGAAGCUAUAUCGAGUGGCCCUGAAUUGUUAGUGGAGUUCACGACGUCCCCCUUUGGAACAUUUUUACAACCAGUAACGUCGCAAUCAUUACAUGGAUUUCAACUCGAAGUCGAGGUCAGGUUCGUGGAUCAACAGUCGCCGACAUACGCCAAGAACAAAAGGGCUUGCGAGUUUUGGAUAAGGGGAACAGGCCGAGGGAUUUUGGAACACCCGCAACAUUCCUUACCUCCGAAUACCACAUGCCUUUAUCACAUGCAAGGCAUAGACACCUCGGGGCCGUCGGGCCGGAACAUAAUUUACAGGAGACCGUCGUUUUCAGCUCCACGAUUCAGAGUGUGGUUUUCAGUAUUGAAAUUUUAUGUGACAAACGCUCUGAAUCCUAACUUGCCUGAGGAUGAGUACUGUGGAAGCCAUUUGAAUAUAUGGGAUGGUCCGAUGAGAAUAUCGCCCGGUUGCAGCGAUAUUUUUUGUGACAAAGAACGUUCAGUGCAAAUGUCGAGAGCAACAUCUCCUCAGUCAGUGAUAGUUGGUCGUCCACCUACAAAUGCUACCCUAGUUGCCAGAUUCUGCCGUGAACGUGCUCCCAGGACCUGUGAGCAUGCACUGCUACGAAGGUCAAGAGCCUGUGCAAAAACUGAGAGCUUCCUUUCAAAAGGAGACUCGUUGACUUUGGAACUAAAGCUGACGCAAGGGACCGCAUUGAAACCAGUAUAUUUCAAAGCACUGUACGAAUUUGUGGAUCUACAUCAAGAUGGUGAACCAUGGGGCCGAGGCUCAUGUUCAAGACGAUUCGCUUCACGAUCAUUCCCAGAAGCACCGCCAGAUCCGCCAAUAACAUUUUCAUCACCAAGGGACGUGUUUUUGUAUGGCAGAGGAGGCAAUCGUAAUAUUAGUUGCACCUACCGUUUUGAAGCAAACCCUGGUGAAGUGAUUAGAGUUCGAGUAUGGGGCAUUCGUAGUGGAGGUCGCUUAUGCAGGUCCGUUCACUCCGCUCAUUCGCCUUGGUACCGCUGUGCUGGUGAUAUUACUGCAGCUGUCAGGAUCUUUGACAAACCCUGGAAGGACGCUGGCUCGAGGAUACCUAGAGACUGUUUAUGCAGUGACGUUGGAGACUACGAAUUCACAUCCCUCGCCACGGUUGCCGAAUUAAGGUUUGACGUGGUCAACAUGUCUGCUUCUGACGAUUUCCGAUCUUUUGGAUUUGAAGCUUCAGUAGAGUUCAUCAGGCUGGAAGCUGGAUGUGAAACCUCACAUCGAGUUUAUGGCGCCAGUGGAGAAAUGAGACUUUCAUCUUCUAAUCCUAUGUCUGAAUCGGAACGAUGCGAACGUCGUCCAUGGCUCAUCGACCCCUCCCCGGGCCGUUACCUGUACCUCCAGAUUCGAGGCAGCAUCAUCAGAGAACCUGAACUGGACAACUUUACUCUCCUCAACAAUAUCACAGUGGCUCCAGACAUGAGACAUCUCUGUAGGACUCCGAACAGAAUAGCAGUGUACACUGGGGGACUGAUACCUACGUUUAUUUGUCCUGAACCUCCAGAAGAACAGAUGGAUGAUAUGGUAGAAGUCUUCUCCGAUGGCUGGUCGAGGGAAGUGGAUCCCCUCGCUCGUCACGUGUUCGCGUCUCCCUCAGCCUCUGACCACUUCGACCUGGACUGGCCGAGGGCGUUAAGUGUAGAACUCAUUGCAGUAGAACCUGCUUCCUAUUAUGUUACGUGGUUGGAACUUUCUAGAAGACACGCAAGUUCCCACGGCGGCGUAUUCGCGCUCUCCGGCGAAUGCGAGUACCGCUGCGCGUCUCUUGACGCGUGCAUCGCGCCCGCGCUGUGGUGCGACGGCACGCCGCACUGCCCGCGCGGCGAGGACGAGCGACUCGCGCACUGUUCUGCGUUGCUGCGAGUUCCCGCGCAUUACGCUGUUGCGUUCCUUGCGCUUACUGUGCUCGCGGCUUUUGCUGUGAUAGCCGCAGCGCGCUCGUGUCGGCGGCGCCGCUCCGCACUACAACAGCGGCUCAAGAGCCUCUCCUCUGACACCGCCAUCUUCGAUGAAAAAGAAGUGAUUUGCUGACCAAGCGAGGACUCUGUGCGAUAUGUGGAAAUCGAUCGCGUCACCACUGUGUGACUGAUUUCCCGCGCAGAGUCCAACAAACACUUUAUACUUUCCAAACAGUGGGCGACCACUCCCAAAGAUAGCCAUGUAGUAAGAUAUGUUUGACCGAUUCCUCUAAGUAGUGGGUCAAUUGUUGGUUGAUUGAGGGUAUAGCAUAAUUAAUAUUUGAAUUGAAAUUUUGUGGACACACAAAAUAAUUGUUAAGACCUUAUAGAAAGUUGUACGAUAAUUAUUUGCGAACGAUGUCUAUGAGAAUAAUGUAAAUAAAUGUGAUUAUUGAUAAAGUAGAUAAUGUUAGUGCGAAUAUAAAUUUUGGACCAAGUGCUGUCGAUCGGUGGCCAAGAGUUGGCGUGACUCGGAGGCGGGUCGAUGAUAUAAAUGAGUGGUUUGAUGGUUCUGACUUAAUUAAUGAUAAUGUUUGAGAGUGGUGGUUAUGUUUGGGUUGGUUGGUUUCAUUGUGGGCUUCCGUUUGUCUAAACAAAUCAGACUUUCUGCCGAAAGCAAAAAUAAAUAUGGUAUUCAUAGAGAAUGUGAAAAAGAAAACAUUAUAAUACCAGAGUAAACAGUACAGUGUUAUAAAAGUUUGAUUUAUAGAUACAGACAAUAUUCUAAAGAUUCUGAAGAACCUGUGUUCCAAACCUUUUAGAAGUUGAAUAAAAGGAGAUUUUGCUACAUGUCAAAACACUAAGACAAGGACUUACGUAAAAUAAGCUGCCAUGAAACGGUCUUACACACGAAUAACUAAAGAAGAAGGCUGCAUAAUGUAAAUAGUUACUUAUUCAACAUAAUUUGCGCAAUAAUACCUAACCUUAUCAAAACAAUCAUAUGUUAUAAAAUAAAUGAACGCUAAGUUGUUUAACAUUUUUUUAUUAUUGCGGAACUUAUGUUAAAUAAGUAAUUCCAAUUCAAGAUGAAAAGUGCAGGAUUGCUAAAAAUGUGUUCAUUCGAAAAUAUAAGACAAAUAUUAAUAAACGCUUGACAUUAACAGAGUGCCCAUUGCAUUUUGACACGCGGGUACAGAAUUUGGAAUAGAUAUCUACUUAGACGAAGUUAGAUGACGCGAAAACUAAUUGAAUUUGCCGCACACUGAGAUUACAACUGAUACUUGAGUGAUGUUUCUUUUCCAAUGUCAUACUUGCUGAUGAGUUAUGCCUUUUGUCUGCGUAAAUUGCACAACGUUCAAACUGUGUUCUUGAAGCGGUAGCAAUCCUACAAAUGUGACGCGGGAGCAUCGUGGACGAGACUUUUGAUAGUUCCAACUUAAGAUGCAAGCAAUCGUCAAUUUAAUCAUAGCUCACGGGCUUAGAAAAUACGCCUUAUCCACCUUUGCUUUCCUGUUAUAACGAAGUCUAAUCUCAUCAAGUACCUAAAGUUGAAAUGUCAAGAAUGAAAUGGUCACCCUGCAGAUAAACGCACAAGCAAUUGUUGUAUGAUUGAACGAAGCACAAUUUGAGUGAGAUCGAUUGGCAUGAUGUAAAUAUUUGUAGUGUCUCUUAAUCAAGGUUUGUUAAUCGUUAUUUAGGUAUAUUGGAAACUACUGCGGUGUAGUGAUACACGAAAAUAUUAAUUGCGGUUAGUAUGCUUGAUAAAAACACUUCGGAGCGUUAAAAAGCGUAAUCGGUAGUUAUUGGGAGUUACUUAGAACGUCCCGUUCAAUAUAUUUAUUGACUCAAAUAUGAGUUUUGUUAGUCCUUGAAGAUCUCUCUCCAUUCCUGUCCUGAGAUGAUUAUAGAGUUGACCUGUGUCUGCGUAAACUAUUGUACCCUACGAUACUCUUAUGCCCUACGCAGCUGGCUAAUGUCCUUCGAGAAUAAUGACCGUGGCCGUAAAACCAUUUUGGAUGUUAUUAGGCAUGUAGGUUAAUUGCUUUAUAAUAAUUAUUGAUCUACUUAUUUUUUAACGCUCUGCAGUAAUUAAAAUUGUGAAUGAAUAUAAAUAACCUAGUGACGUAGAAAUAGUUCAAUGAAGUCUAAUUGAAUGUAGACAUUAUCUUCGGGUAUCACUACCGCAGUAAAGUUCGUGUUAAAAAUCGCGGCAAUAAUUUCUAUUAAUUUGUUAAUUGAAGGAAUCGAAUAAACGUUGAUCUGUGUUCUAAACGUUACUCUGAAUUCGUAUACGUGAUAUAAAACUGCCAUUUUUAUAAGGAUAUUCAUGUUCAAUUAACGAAAUUAGCAACGUGUUGUAUGUCUUGAUGGAUUUUUCUUCGAUUUUUAUUGUUUUUUUACCACUUUUGGCACACUCGUUGCGUUUACCGCCCAACAGAUGACAUUAAAAACAAUAAACACAUCAAUAUCGCAAGCUUUAUGAAAUAACGGAGAUAUUAUAUAAAUAUUCCUAUUAAAACAUUCGAAGAAUUUUCAUAUUGUAGGAACAUCAAAAUAAAUAUCCUAAUCGAAUAAAAUGCGAUGUAAAUAAAAUCUAAAAAAAAAAAAAAACUAUUCAUAUCUUAGAAAUGUAUUAAAGUGAUAUAAUAUGUUUGUUUCCCAAGGAAAUUAUUAAAGUUUAUUAUAUCGCGUUAACUAUUAGUGAAAUCUAGGUAAUUAUUUGAUCAUAUUUAUUGAAUACAACAAUAAUUAUUUAUUUAUUAUUAUAUUUGUACAAUUAUGUUUAAAGUCGGGAAGACGAAUGGAAACGAGGAAUGUUGUUCAGCAUUUAGAUCAAUAUAGUUAAGAUUUUUUAUAUAUAAAAUAAUAUAUUACUAUUUAUUUAAUUAAUAAUUUGAUCUAUAUCUUCGUUCUACACUUUUAAUAAUUAUAGAAAUUAAAUAUGGCAGCUCAAUAACUGUAAUAAAAUUUCGCGCGUUAAGGAAGUUUACUCUAAAGGCGCCAAGUGAAGCGCGUUUGUAAAACAUUUGUAAAAUAACGCUGUCAUUAUUGUUUUCAUUAUUGUUUUUAAUAUUUUAUAUUUAGAUAAUUGUAAUUGUAAGGAUUAUUAGUCAAAAUGGAGUAGAACGUUUGUAUCGUCUUCCAUAAUGUAAACGAAAACUCCGGUUUUCUUUUCCUCAAUUCGUUACGCCAUAUCAGAUACGAUAAUUGAUUACGGAUACUAAUUAAACAGAAUCAGGUGUUAUCCUGGAAGACAAUAAUGAUGGAUAAUAGCUGUAAUAAGCAGAGAUACAUAAUUUCACGUUCAAAACAAUGAUUACGAAGAGUUAUGAUGAUAAUAAGAGGUUUUUAAAAAUAUAAGUAUUUACUGCA